UUUUCCCGUUACAAUUCACUGGUCUGAUGAACAAAGUCGACGUGGACGCUAAGGUGUGGAAUGGCGGUACAACAGGUCAGUCCGGUGCCAUACGUUGGGGAAUAUCAUGGGCCUUAAGAAGUUUCGUUGACAUGCAGAUGUUGGAAAAAAUGAGAAUUGCUGGAUUGCUUUCGAGAGAUUGGCGUAGACGUGAACGUAAGAAGCCUGGACAAGAGGGUGCCAGGAGAAAGUUCACUUGGAAGAAACGUUAAUACGAAACGAAAACUCCUUCAAUAAAAACUUUUAUUAUCGUA